AUGUUCCAAAGCAAUAUUGCACAUCCGGUUAUCCGCCAGUUUAUUCUGCGUACGGCCGUGCUCAAUUAUCUGGUCAAGAUAUUGCAGCAGCAGUGGGAUGAGUGGCGCCGUUUAAGCGUUCAUCUCGUAAUGAGGAGACUGGAGACCGAGGUGGAGGAUCAGGACGAGGAUCAGAAGUCGGAUAAGAAUCAGGAGGACGAGACCAGCAACAUGCUUGCAGAGAUAGUUGACAUGCUGUACUCGAAGACGGCUGCUUCACAUCGACUGCUCAAGCGGGAGUACGACGAACUGUUCACAUACAUGAUGGACAAGCGCGAUCUUUGGGACAGUCCGGAGUACUUCAAGGCCAAGGCAGCCCUGGGAAAGGCCACCAGUAGCCUGCGAAAGUGUAUGCCCACCAAACUAAAUAAUUAAGGCCAGCCGAAGGGGAGAUUUGCCAACAAUUAUGAUAGACUUGCAUUCAAUAAGUAUAUACAUACAAACAUAAAAAGCCAAA